UCCAGUCGUGACAGUUUGGAAAGAGUUCAGUUGCUCUGAAACGCUUGGCAAGUGUUAUCCUCCAACCGAUCGAGGUCAUCUUCAAUUUUAUAUAUAAACUAGUCAUUAUUCUCGAAGAGACUAUUUGAUUACUGGAAAUGUGUGGGAUUUGGGCACUAUUUGGGAUUGAAGAGGAAACACUGACAUGUGUUUGCGAUAAUGUUAAUAAAAUAGUUCACAGAGGACCGGAUGCAUUGAGAAUAGAAUACGACAAACGAGUUAAGAAUGCUUUUUUGGGCUUCCAACGACUAGCAAUUGUCGACAGCCUAUGUGGAAUGCAGCCCAUGAGGAUCAAUCAAUAUCCCCACGUGUUCUUACUCUGCAAUGGAGAAAUUUAUAACCACGCACAACUCAGGGACAAGCACAACUACGAUUAUGCAACGAAAUGUGAUGUCGAGAUAAUAACGCAUCUGUAUGUGGAGGCAGGAGUGGACAAUGUAGCAACUUCGUUGGAUGGGGUUUUCGCAUUUUGCUUGAUGGAUGUGAAAGAGAAUAAAAUUCUCAUUGGGAGGGAUCCGUAUGGGGUCCGACCUCUUUUUAGACUGCGGAGUUCAGAGGGUCAACUUGCCAUCUGCUCCGAAAGCAAGGGUUUAAUCGGUUUGACCGACCAGAUGUCAGGCACCUGGGCCCUAGAACCCUUCCCUCCAGGUCACUACGAGGAGUACUGUUUACUUCCCAGUGGGAAAGUUAAACUAUUGAAAACAGUUACCUAUCACAACCCCGGAGAUAAACCCACUUUUGACGUGUUCGUUCCCUGGUCGAGCCUGAGCCCCUCAGACAUCUCCGGGAACAUCAGGAAAUUGUUGUCAGUUGCUGUGAAAAAGCGACUAAUGGCAGACAGAAGAAUUGGAUGCUUAUUGUCAGGUGGUCUUGACUCAAGUCUCAUAGCUGCCCUUCUCGUCAAACAAGCAAGGGAACAAAAUAUCAACUACAAAAUCCAGACUUUUGCCAUUGGAAUGGGAGACAGCCCUGACAUAAGGGCUGCGAGGCAAGUCGCCGAUUUCAUCGGUUCUGAACACCAUGAAGUCAUUUUUUCACCAAAAGAUGUUGAAGAAGUGUUGGAUGACGUUAUUUAUACGUUGGAGACGUUCGAUAUUACGACGAUCAGAGCUUCAAUUGGAAUGUAUCUUCUAGCUCGUUACAUCAAACGAAACACAGACUCAACAGUGAUAUUUAGUGGAGAGGGUGCGGACGAGCUCGCCCAAGGCUAUAUCUACUUCAGAGAAGCCCCAAAUGCCCACGAGGCACACCAGGAAAGUCUGCGCUUGCUGAAGGACAUCUACUUGUACGAUGGUCUGAGAGCCGACAGAACGACUGCAGCUCACAGUCUCGAGCUCAGAAUUCCCUUUCUAGAUCUCCAGUUCACCAAUUACUUUCUAUCUUUGGAGGCUGCGCUCAGACAGCCCCAGAAUGGGGUGGAAAAGCAUUUAUUGAGGUCUGCUUUCGAGGGGGAGAAUCUUCUCCCGAAUAAUAUUCUGUGGAGGCAUAAGGAGGCCUUCAGUGAUGGUGUUGCUUCCAUCAAGAAAUCUCUGUUUGAGGUCAUCCAGGAUAUCACGGAAUUACGAGUCUCUGAUGAUGAGCUGAAAGAGGCCAGUGUCACGUAUCCCCAUUGUACUCCCAAAACCAAGGAGGCUUUUUAUUACAGAAAAGUCUUCGAGUCUCGUUACUCUGGGAGGGGGGAGAGCUUCACUCCUUACUUCUGGAUGCCAAGAUGGGUGAAAAACGUUAAUGAUCCAUCAGCUAGGUUUAUCAAGCAUUACGCUGCAGAAAGUAAGGAAAAAGUCUAGGAUUUUUUUACUGUUUGAAAUAUUCAUGGGAUUGAACUGUACUACUAAAAAAUGUUGGCUCAAUUUUCCCAGAGACUCACUCGAAUUCAGAGGAAAAGGAAACGAAAACGCAUUCGAUUUUUUUUUUGCAAAUUCGUUGAUUUUCUGAAGAAAAAUCAAUACCCACUGCCAAAUUUCCUUGAAUUUCCGGAAAAUCCGAAGAAAUGGGUGAUUCUUUUAUAGGAGUUUAAGCAGAAAAUUUUUACUUUUCUUUAUGGUAAAUUGAUUAUUGAUUAUAGAUCUGAGUCGCCACUCGUUCUCAAGUUAUUUGGGAAUGAAUCUUUCGUUAUUAUUUUAGAAAAAUUAAUUGUUAGAAAAAUGUAUUAUAAACAAUGCUGAAUGAAAUAUUGUUUUCCAUA